AUGGUUCUUUCAAGAUACUCGCCGGCGGCCCUCCCGGCCGCCGCCGGAAUCCUCCUGCUCAUCCUCCACAUCAGCCCGCCGCUGUCCUGCCGCGCGAUCCGUUCCUUCCCGGAGAACGGCGCUUCCUCCGCCGCCCGUUUCGGUUUCUCUGAGGCGCCGGAGUACCGCAACGGCGCCGGCUGCCUGGCUGCCGGCGGCGGCGCCACCGCCGCUCCGUGCGACCCGUCUCUUGUCCACGUGGCGAUGACCCUCGACUCGGAGUACCUCCGCGGAUCGGUGGCGGCGGUCCACUCCGUCCUCCGCCACGCGUCCUGCCCGGAGCAGGUCUUCUUCCACUUCGUGGCGGCUGAGUUCGACCCGUCAACCCCCCGGGUCCUGACCCGGGUCAUCCGCUCCGUUUUCCCCUCGCUCAACUUCAAGGUGUACAUAUUCCGCGAGGAAACGAGGAGGAACCGGAUGUACGAGCUGGGGUCGCUGCCCCCCUUCCUGCUUGUGUUCGGUGGUGACGUGGAGCCCAUCGGGCACAGGUGGAACCAGCACGGGCUGGGGGGUGACAACGUGGCGGGAUCCUGUAGGGCGCUGCACCCUGGUCCAGUGAGCCUGCUGCACUGGAGCGGGAAGGGGAAGCCGUGGGUGCGUCUGGACGAGGGGAGGCCGUGUCCGUUGGAUCACCUGUGGGAGCCGUACGAUAUGUGGAAGGGGCAGGAUCGUCAUUUACGGUUUUCGGGUGGUUUGGUUGAAUAUUAG